AUGUUUGGCUGGAACAAUCCACAUCUGGGAAUCUGUGACUAUCCAUUCAUUUCCAUUCUUAUCAUGGACAACCAGGAUUUGAAAUCUAGCAAUCAGCGAGAUGAAAUUGCUGCAGCACGUGCAUCCUUGAAGGAAAAUUCCUCUCUCCUACAUUCAGUAUGUUCAGCUUGUUUGGAACAUUCAGAUGUUGCAUCCCUGAAAACCAGCAAGGAUUCAAUUUGCAAUGAAAUGCAGAAUGCUCUCAAUGUAAUUUCUAACGCUUCCCAAGGAGUUGGAAAUAAAAUGGGACAACCUGCAUCUCACACAGCUACUCUUGGAAGUGCGCUUGAUGAGCUUGAGAAUUUAAUUGUCCUGGAUCCUCUGGUAGUGAAUGAAGAUAAAAUAAGGCCGUCACUAGAGAAACGCCUGGAAGCUAUUAUCAGUGGAGCAGCUUUGCUGGCUGAUUCUUCUUGCACGCGUGACUUUCAUCGAGAACGCAUCAUUGCUGAGUGCAAUGCUAUCCGCCAAGCUCUCCAAGACCUGCUUUCUGAAUACAUAAACAAUGCUUCUUCCUAUCUGAGUGUUGCUAGUGGGACCUGCAAUGUUCCAGAGGCACCAUAUGCCAUAAGCGCCACCUUUGAAAAUCCUGGCUGGCAGCUGGUUUGUCAGGGAGCUGUAUGA